AUGGCCAGCGGCUACGACCGCGCCCUCUCCGUCUUCUCCCCCGACGGCCACGUCUUCCAAGUCGAAUAUGCCCUCGAAGCCGUCAAACGCGGCACCUGCGCCGUGGCUGUCAAAGGCGCCGAUGUCGUUGUUCUAGGCUGUGAAAAGCGCUCCGCCCUCAAACUGCAAGACACGCGCAUCACGCCCUCCAAAAUCUCCAUGGUCGAUACCCACGUCUGUCUCGCCUUCGCAGGUCUCAAUGCCGAUGCUCGUAUUCUCGUCGACAAAGCCCGUCUCGAAGCGCAAUCACAUCGUUUGACGGUCGAGGAUCCGGUAUCAAUUGAGUACAUCACCAAAUAUGUGGCGGGUGUGCAGCAGCGGUACACGCAGAGUGGAGGUGUGAGGCCGUUCGGCAUUUCGACAUUGAUUGUUGGGUUCGAUCCGGGUAGCAAGGAGGCGAGAUUGUACCAGACGGAGCCUUCUGGCAUUUACUCUGCAUGGAAAGCAAACGCCAUCGGUCGCUCCUCCAAGACGGUCCGCGAAUUCCUCGAACGCAACCACAAAGACGCCAUGUCCCGCCCCGACACCAUCGAGCUGACCAUCAAGUCCUUGCUGGAAGUUGUCCAGACUGGCGCGAAGAAUAUCGAGAUUGCCAUCAUGGCUCCCGGUAAGGGUGUGGAGAUGUUGGCCGUGGAGGAAGUAGAGAAGAUUGUCGAGAAGAUCAAUGCGGAUAAGGAUGCUGCGGCAGAGGCAAAUGCUAGUCGGAGGGGCCCUAGGGGUGGCGCUGYGGCUGGCGAUGCCGCUCCUGCACAAGUCCUUGCCAACAGACCUGCUGGAGGUGCUGCAGAGUGA